AUGUAUGGUGGAGCGUCAGGCAGGUCGGCCCGAAGAUCGGCUUUCUCGGGACGGACGCCAACGCCACUAUACCUCGAUUUCCUCGCUCCCUCAUGGCGACCGCGAGCACAGUCCCCACGACAGGUAUAUCCUAGCUGCCGAAGAGCAGCAGCGCCCCAUAGUAGAUCAUUCACAACGCAUUUUCCCCUCCGUGCGACAAAAACAAUCCUCAACCCGCGCAAGGACGACUCAGGCAACGAAAUGUCCAUCACCAUAACGCCCCGCGCCGCCCACCGUCUCCAGAAGAUCGCAGAAAAGGACUCGAAUCCCGACCUAGCACUGCGAGUAGCUGUCGAGAGUGGGGGAUGUCAUGGAUUUCAGUAUCUGAUGAGUCUGACUUCAGUGAAAGACGCGGAUUCGACCGAGGAUUCGGUAUUCGAGAAUGAGGAGAGGGUGGAUACAGGUGACCAAGAGGGAUACAGGGCAAAGGUGAUUAUGGACGAACCUAGCUUGGAACUGUUGAAGGGGAGUAGUGUUGAUUACACGAUGGAGCUGAUUGGGAGUCAGUUCAAAGUCGUGGGGAUACCUGGGGCAAAGAGUAGUUGCGGAUGUGGGACGAGUUUUGAUAUCGCUGCGUGAUGGUAUUUGGAAGGAAGGGAAGAGAAGGGAAGGGGGGAUCGACUUAAAGAUCAUCGAUCCUGUUCGAAACAGCCACGAUGUGGUUCAUACACUCGGCACGUUCGCGAGCAGGCAAAGACCUGAUAUCGUAGGACUUGCCCGUGCGGCAUGAAGAGGUCAGCAUGUUGCGUUCAGUUGUUGGGAGAUGCAGCUGUCCGUCCUGGACUUCACAUGGCAUGAACGAUGUUGAUCAAGAUGUUGAGCUGUGCUACGUGCACUUCUGAAGCUUGAAGACACCGAACUUCCGAUCUAGCGGAGCUACUGAAUACAUCGGCGACCGAACGGACUACACACUUGGACUACGUGUGUAUACUUUGCUUGCGACGUCGCGGUGCUUCAUGGUCUGUCGCGAAUAUAUGCAGAGCGUCUAAAAGGCGAUCGUCGUGGGGGGACCUGACUUGGAGGUUCGCGAAGGAAGAGCAUAUCACAAUGACUACCUGAGCAUACCUAUACCUACCUUAUUGCUACAGCAUGCGUGUACUAUGUACACUACCAUGUACACUACGACUUCGGCUGGUGCAUGGGAAGUGUGGAAAGGAGCCGUCACUCUCAUUCGCUAGGCGGUGUGACAGAAUGGGCAAGCACUCUAGGCAUAUUGAAGGAAAUGCUCGGCGGCAUUGUGCCGGUAUGCAUCUGAAGUGUCGUGCAGAUCAUUGGCUCCAUAUAGUGAUAUAGUACGGUUAUAGUCGCCCAACGCUUCGAGCACAAUCGGCGGCAAUGACCGUUUGCCGUCAACAAAUAAUUUU